AUGGCUAUAACUUUGGAUAUGGUUAUGGCCAUGGCUAUCUGGGAAUUGGCGACUUGUUCCCCUGAGUUCUAUGAACAUACUCAGCGAAUCUUCCUUAUGCUAUAUCAGAAGGAUUUGGCGUAUCAGGCUGAGGCGCUGGUUAAUUAUGAUCCAGUCGAUAAGACUGUUUUGGCGAAUGAGCAGGUUGAUUCCAAUGGGUUCUCGUGGAGGUCUGGUGCUAAGGUUGAAAAGUUGAACUUGAAGCAGUGGUUCUUCCGCAUCACUGAGUUCAAGGAAGCGCUGUUGAAAGAUCUCGACUCUCUCGCUGGAGGAUGGCCAGAGCGUGUGCUUUCCAUGCAACGGAAUUGGCUUGGGAAAUCAUAUGGUGCGAAGGUCACUUUUCCCGUAACUGUCAACAGCAAUGGGGGUGAGCAGGUUAAUGUGGAUGUGUUUACUACCCGGCCUGACACCCUGUAUGGCGUGGAAUAUCUUGCGCUCUCUCUGACCCAUCCUAUUGUGCUAAAGGCUGCCGAGAAAGACGAGGCUCUUCGGAAGUUCUUGAGUGAAGCAUCUUCACUUCCGCCGGACUCGAAGGCUGGGUACAAAUUAUCAGACGUGGAGGUAUCUCAUCCAUUGCGGAAAAUUGAUACAGAAAGCCCUCAGCUGUCAAGGAAGCUUCCCGUUUUCGUGGCGCCCUAUGUCCUUAGCGAUUAUGGCGAAGGAGCAGUCAUGGGAGUUCCUGGUCACGAUGCCAGAGAUAUGUCAUUCUUCAAGGAGAAUGUGAACCCGGACUCCAUCUCUGUCGUUAUUGAGGCCGAGGCAACGGGCAGCGAGGCUAACAGUGUCGUCCCAGCCUCAGACUCAAAGGCUUUCACUCAAGAGGGCUUCUUGACUUCCCUCUGCGGGAAGUACUCAGGUCUGCACUCCAAGGAGGCCUCCGAGCUGAUUGUCAAUGACCUAAAGCAGGUUGGACAAGCUGACUUUGUCGAGAGUUGGCGUCUGCGAGAUUGGCUGAUUAGUCGUCAGCGGUACUGGGGUGCACCUAUCCCCAUUAUCCACUGCGGUGACUGUGGUCCUGUGCCCGUGCCUGUGAAGGAUCUUCCAGUGAAGCUGCCGAAGAUUGAGGGAGAUUGGCUGAAAGGGAAGAAGGGCAAUCCUCUUGAAUCAUCCGAAGAAUGGCUCCACACGAACUGCCCCAGCUGUGGAGGAGCAGCUAAGCGGGAUACAGAUACCAUGGAUACCUUUGUGGACUCUUCCUGGUACUUCCUGCGAUUCCUCGACUCUGCCAACAAGGAGGCACCAUUCUCUCCUGCCGUGGCACGGCCAGUGGAUUUCUAUAUCGGCGGUGUCGAGCAUGCUAUCCUGCAUCUCCUCUACGCCCGGUUCAUCUACAAAUUCCUCGCUCAAUCGGAGCUGUUCCCAGCUGGAAACUCCAACGCACCCGCAGAACCAUUCAAAACUCUUCUCAGCCAAGGGAUGGUCCACGGCAAGACCUUCACCGAGCCCUCCACUGGCCGAUUCCUCCGCCCAGAGGAAGUCGACCUCACCAGCUCAGACAAGCCUCUGAUUAAGGGCACCCAAGUCACACCCAACAUCUCCUUUGAGAAAAUGUCCAAGAGCAAAUACAAUGGCGUAGACCCAACCGAAUGCACAUCAAAGUACGGCGCCGACGCCACACGCGCACAGAUUCUGUUCGCCGCCCCGGUCAGCGAAGUCCUAGAAUGGGACGAAUCCAAGAUCGUCGGCAUCGAGCGCUGGUUCGGCCGGCUCUGGAAACUCGUCCAAGAUACCCAGCAAUCCCUAGCAGAGUCGUCAUUCUCCAUCCCGGCAGAAACCCUGGCCUCGACUUCGACUGGUCACGCCGCCCCUCUGCCAGCAUCCCUCCAGGAUCUGAGCGACGCAGACGCAGACGCCAUCCUGGCUACACACAACACCAUCUCUUCCGUCACAACCUGUUUUGAGAGUAAUCCCUACAGUCUGAACACGGUCAUCUCAGACCUGACAAAGUUGACCAACACCCUGAACACGACUCCGGCAUCUACCCCUCUCAUCCUCUACCUAACCAUCUCCUCUCUCCUCCGUCUCCUGGCUCCUAUCGCUCCAGCCCUCUCAUCUGAAUCCUGGGAAGUUCUGCACGAAACACUGCUGAACAAGUCCAAAGAACAAGUCCCAUCAAUCCUCAAAUCACCCUGGCCAAGCACCCUCCUCACAACUGAAGAAGCAGAGACUCUCUCCGCUCGCGGUGGACAAAAGGUCGCCGUGCAGGUUAACGGCAAGACGCGGUGCGCUGUUACGAUCCCAUCAAUGAAGACGUCGACAGCCAAAGGAAAGAAUGCCCCUCCUACACAGGAAGAACAAGACUGGAUUAUUAGUCGGGUCUUGGAGACUGCCGAGGGCAAACUGUGGCUUAGUGAGAAGCAUGACUGGGAGAAGAGAAGACGAGUCAUUGUUAUCAAGGGUGGCAAGUUGGUGAAUGUUGUUUUUUGA